GCUCUCGAGCUCCUUAUCAUACAAAGCAAAAAGACUAAGCAAAACUAGGCAAUUCUUGACACAACUCUACAUUGCCAAGGUAGAAGAAGAAGAAGAAGAAGAGAGGUAGAAGAAGAAGAUUGUGAGAUAAGCCCAUAUGGCUCCAAGCAGAGAGGUUUGCGCGGUGGCGAUGGCGAUGGCGGCGCCGUUCAUCGCGAUGGCGAGCAACAUGCAGGGCGUCGUCAGCGUCGACGGCAACGCGGAGAAGCGGCGGAGGACGUCCUCCGACGCGCUGCAGCGCACGGUGUCCGACGUCUCCUACGAGCUCCACCACCACGUCGGCGCCAAGGGCACCACCAUGGUGGACGACGCCGCCGCCGCCGAGCAGAAGCAGCAGCUCGACGACAUCGCGGAGGUGGAGGACGCGCGGUGCGAGUGCUGCGGCAUGUCGGAGGAGUGCACGCCGGAGUACAUCCGCGGCGUGCGCGCCCGUUUCGCGGGGCGGCUGGUGUGCGGGCUGUGCGCGGAGGCGGUGGCGGAGGAGGCGGCGAGGCGCGGCGGCGCCGGCGGCGUCGAGGCGGCGCUCCGCGCCCACACCGCCGUGUGCAAGCGCUUCAACGGCUUCGGGCGCACGCACCCGGUGCUCUUCCAGGCGGAGGCCAUGCGCGAGAUCCUCCGCAAGCGCUCCAAGCUCGGCCCCCGCUCCCGCUCCAGCAUCAACCCCCGAGAGGCCCGCCAAGCCGGCGCCGCCGGCGGCGGCGGCAUCGCACGCAGCUCCAGCUGCUUGCCGUUCAUCACCGACGAGUUCAGCCAGCGCGUCAACAUCAACUAGAGAGUUUCUUGGUUUUUUUAAUUUCACUUAGCUUUUGGCUUGGCUACAAGCAUAAAUUAAGCUUUGCUUAAUGUUUUCUUCUUAAUUUUUAGGCUAGAAAGGGAGCAUGUUUUACACACUUGAUUUUUGGGGUGUGUGUGUUUUUUUGCUGCAUCUUUUCUAGCUUAAUUAGAUAGAAGCUUUUGCAGAGUUGGGUAGCUUCAGCUUGUUGCUUUGUUUGCACUCCAUGUGAUUCGUUGCAUGGAGUGUCAACUAUGUUUUGGGGGUGCAAUAUUAAAAUGUAAUCUCACUAGCUAGAUAGGUUAGUGGAUGCAUGAGCACCCUUUGAUUAGUAGUGUGUUUAGGUGCUUUUUUUUUUGGAUGGGGCUCUUGUUUACCUCUGUUUUGUGGUGUAUUAUAUUGAUUUUCACCACAUGGAGAGAGUUGAGAUUGGCCCUGUCUCUUCAGCUAACAUGGAGUACAUAUGUAAUGUAUGCAUGUAAUAUUGGAGGAGUAGCACUCCUAAUCUUGUAAUCAAUAAAUAAAUGAUGAACAAAAUGUAUGCACAUGUGCUUAUUGUUAAGUACUA